ACCCUUCACCCCAACGAGUUCCUUCAGCCACCUGGUCCUCUCCAGUGUUCCCCAAUGAAACCUCUACUUUCAUGACCUUUCUUGUUUCCUCAAAAGCACUCCAUUCCACAGGAACCAGUGGGCAUAACUCAGCUCAAACCACCACCAAAGGAAGAUCCACAGCCAUUGGUGCCAGCUUCACGAGAGCCACUCAAGGAGAUACCCAACAAGGACCAGAGACCACAGUCACCAGGAGCAGGGAAGGUUCCACAGGAUGGUCCUCACCUAAAAAUGACAUCACGGAAAAUACAAAUGAAGAUGCCAUUAUAUUUACAAGAGCAACAGGCAAAAUAAUCACUGAAAUGACAACGAUAGAGAGAUUAUCACCACAAAUCACAACCUCAAAUAAAGAAAAUCAAGGUGCGACCACCCGCCAAAGAGAAGACAGCCUCCUCAACUGGAGCACUCAAGGGCCCAGUGGAACCUCCUCGGCUGCCAAUGGCAUUUCCGGAAAUCCCAACCAAGGACAAGUCACAUCCACAGGAGCCAGUGGGACAGGCAGAGCUGAAACCAGCACAAAGGGGAGAUCGCCAGCUGUGAGCAGUAGCUCCAGUGGAGCCAGCCAAGGUGCUACUCCCCAAGCAACAGGCAGCACCAUCAGCCGAAGCAGCGAAGCGGAGCAGCAACUCAGUGUCCCUCUGGGAGUCCCCGGUGCUCAUUCCAACAACCAAAGCUCUACCUUUACACUUUCCCCUUUUCUCAAAAGAGAGACUUCAUGGUGGCCACACAGGCUUAACCAGACACUCCCCUGGGGCCGUGGCAUCCCAAUGCACAACUGCUUUGGCAUAUCAUUGACCCUGAGCGAGAUGGCCCACAACAUUACCUGGUGUUACCAGUUCCCUGUGAUGCCACGAUUUCAGGCCCUCCAUGUCCCCAUCUGCUGUCAAGGACAAGAAUGGGAAUCCAAGGCCAGGGAAGCACAUGUGCACUGGACAGGCCGGCCCUCUCCUCAUUGGAGAUACCUCCCAGUCAACUCACUCAGGCUGCUGCCAGGGUCCUCUGGACUGCACCCCACACAACCAACUAUUCUUCCCCUUACACACCUAAGGGCAGUCAUUCUGGGGAGCCAAACUGGGCACACACCCUUCACCCCAACGAGCUCCUUCAGCCACUUGGCCCUCUCCAGUGUUUGCCAAUGA